AUGCAAUUCUUGAAGGGAACAUCUCGAACAAUCAUCAAACUCAAUCAAUGCCAACGAAUGGCACAAAAAUUUUAUCAAGCACGAGGUCUCGGAAGAAGCGGUAAUGAAAGUGGAGCUCUUCAUGAUUUACCUGAUUGGUCCUACACUGAUGGAACACCAGGCCCAGUGAGUAACGGAGCCAUGAAAAAAGAGGAAAAACGAAAAAUGUUUGUGGAGCGUGUAAUUCGAUUAGCAGUUGAAGCUGACCAGGACGCAGCAAAGCAUUUGAAUUUGGAGCCAUCAGUCCGAGCACAUCGUCAGAGAGAUGUUUCUUUUUAUUUUGACUUGUUAGAAAAAGGAUACACUGUCAAAGGAGUGAAAGAUAGAUUGAAAGUUUUGAGAGAAAGCGGAAAAAUUCCAAUGUAA